AUGUCUACUACGACUACCACCCAACUAGAAUGCAAAGAAGCUCGCACAUCCCUGUCCGCUGGCAGUUCUAGUACUACUCUAUGCACACUCCCCAACGACUCAAGCCCCUUUUUCCCAUCUCACAUCUUGCACAUUGAUGCACAUGGAAUCAGCGCUUUUCGCCUUCCGCUCCCUCCUAACCAGAAAGAAAUCACCAUCACCCAUUCCGACGGCAACCCGGCAUAUGUCUCCACCCGCGACCGGCGUUGGUCCGGCAAUAGCGUCCUUUCACAUCCUAAGCUUGGAAACUUGAUUCGUACAGACUACUUUUUCGGCCCGAACCGAGAUCCCGUUCUAUGCCUGUUACAAACUUCCAGUGUUCUCGCCGAGCAAGUGAAAGUGUCCGGCAAAUGGACCUCGCGCUCUGCACACUUUACCAUGUCGACUGGCGCUGAAUAUGAAUGGAGUUAUGCGAAGGAGAAGCGAUCCGAUGGGCAGAAAUUGAAUCUCAUUGUUCUCCGACACGUUUCUGGCUCAGACGAAAAUGGAAAGGAGAUACAAAAUGAUCGCCGUGUUGCACAGUUGGUGCGCAGCUCCGAUUCUCGAACACCCGGUACAUCUAAAUGCACGGCCGGUAAUGGCGGGGAGCUACAGGUCGAUGAGGCAGAGCUGCAGUUACUGAACCUAGACGAGUCUGUCGUCGUCGCAACAUGUCUUGUUAUGCUUAAGCGAGAGAUUGACCGACGUCGCGUGAUUCAAGGCGCUGUAAUCGGAGGAGCUGGUGGUGGUUCUUGA